GCCAGUAAUGGUCGUGUGGAUCGUUUGUUUUAUGUUGCAAGUCAUGCAUCGGUUAAUGCUGCUGCCCGAAAUAAUGCGAAUGGGGCAAAAAAUGUACCAAGCCAAAGUGUGCAAUCAAAGUUCCCAAAAAGUGAUAUCGAGAAGCUGGCACAAUGUGGCUGUUCAAAUGAUACACUGCUUGAAACAGAUAUCGAGCAGUUCUGUGAUCGAAUGAAAGUUUUUGGUGGCAUAAAAUAUCUGAAUGCUCUGUGUAUGCUAAAACGGGUUCGCUACUUCAAAACAGCUCGCAUCCUUCUAGAGCAGUAA